AUGGCGGGGGACCAGCAGUACAUGGACUACAAGAAGUACAUGGACUAUCAGAAGUACAUGGACUGGUCCAAGUACACCAGCGGGGGCGGUGAUGGGCCUGUAAGCUACCAGCAGUACAUGGACUACCAGAAGUACAUGUCCCAGGGCGGCUCCGGGUCGUAUGCUGAUUACUCCAAGUACAUGAGCGGCAAAGGGAAUCAGGCCAUGGACUACCAGCACUUCAUGAACUAUCAGCAGUACAUGAAGGGCACGGGCCAGGCAAGCUACCAACAAAAUGGGCUCAGGAAGUUGAAGAAAUGA